UCCCAUCACAGCUUUCACUUUGUAAGCAAACAUUAAUGACUGCACUGGUGUACUUGUCUAAAACUGCCCAAUAGCAGUAAUUGUACAUCAAUCGGAAGUCCGACUCACUUUGGAGACUCCGAGAUCCGCCCCGAACACCAUCCGCCAGAACAUAUCCGCCCAUAUAGUCUGCUCCCUCAGAUUUCCGCAUUGAACCCAGACAACAGAUCGCCAUGUCUGAUUCCACAUCACUUCCCUCAGCUCCCGCCAGGGAAAUCACUGCCGGUGUUAUCCUGCAGCCUCCUCUAUCACGGUGCGGACGAGGGCCUGGUUUAGUCCUGGUCAGAGCCGCCGGCCAUGCAGAAUCACAGCCCAAUAACCAUACACUGGACCCUGAGCCUCUCCAAAAGUGGGCAGAAGAGAGUUUUGCAGUUUCUCAAAUAACCUUUGGCACUGAGUCAAGCGCAAGUCCGACUGCGGUAUUCGAUCUCCUCCGCCAUGCCACCCAGGCCUUGGCCUCUCUGGCGGAAUGUGAUAAAAAGUCUAGCUUUGGAUUAUUAGUAUACGGGUCUCAAGCCGACUACGCGCCGGGGUUUGGAGAUCUGCUCUACGGUGCAGCAGUAUCUGAAGCGGGGAAGUUCGCUGCGGGGGUAUUCUUCGAUACUUGGGACGUCACAGUGACCCCGGCUUUGCUUCAUUUGGAUGCAUCAAAACCGGAAACAAAAGAUUCGCAGUCGUUGAGGGUUUAUUCCUACCCCGAGGUAUCCUCUUCCGGGUUCAUCAUCCCCGGCCAUGCGGACUUCAAUAUGUCCUCCGCCGGCGUGGCUCACACGCGCUCCUUGACAUUCGUGAAGAAGCACUUGAACGGACCGUACUUUGAUCUCGAGAAGAUAUGGGACGAGCACACGUACUUUGAGUUUGGUGAUCGCUCAGUCGAGAAGACGAUGGCGACUAUGGUCCAGGAGCCAUACGUCAAUCAUGUUCCCACUUUAACCGGCGGCAUUGGCCGAGAGCGCCUAAGCAAGUUCUACUUGAACCACUUCAUCUUCAACAACCCCGACGACACGAGUCUGGAACUCAUCAGCCGAACCGUGGGGGUUGACCGUGUGGUAGAUGAAUUCAUCUUCUGUCUGGCGCAUAAUAAAGUCGUCGACUGGCUAAUCCCCGGUAUCCCCCCAACCGGCAAACCGCUGCGAAUCCCCUUCACGUCCGUGGUAAACAUCCGCGGCGACCGCCUGUACCACGAACACAUUGCCUGGGACCAAGCGACAGUCCUGGUUCAACUAGGCCUCCUACCGGAGUAUCUCCCAUUCCCGUAUCCGUUGGCCGAUGGCCGACUACCGGGGCCUGGGAAGCGGUUUGAGUAUCGGGUUCCGGCGGCUGGUGCAGAUACAGCCAGUAAACUGCAGAAUGAGCAUACGGUAGAAUCUAAUGGGAUGAUAGCGUUUGAGGUCCGGGAAGUGGAUGAUAAAUGAUUGAAUGGUCAUUAUAUAUUUUGUGUACAUCGGGGGCGUUGUCCCGAAUGAUAUAUAAAUAAUCGCGUUACCCAAACUAUGUAUGCAAAGUAGGACCAACGCGGCUCCAAAAAUUUAACGAUUAAUGAAACUAGCAC